AUGGGUAACCACGGACAAGCCAACCUCUACCCUUUCCCCGACGUCCCUGCACUCGCCACAGCCCUGCGCACAUAUGUGAUCCAGUGCCAGGCCGCAGGACUCACCCGCCACAACUCCUUCAAGGUUGCCGUAUCAGGCGGCUCGCUCCCCAAGACCCUGGCCCAGGCCCUCUUGAGCCCCUCCAGCGGACCCGAGGACACCGUCAAGUGGGACAAGUGGGAGAUAUUCUUCGCCGACGAGCGCAUCGUGCCCCUGGACCAUGAGGACUCCAACUACGGCCUGCUGAAGAAGGAGCUGCUGGAUAAGAUCCCCGCGGACCAGGGCAAGCCCACCGUCCACCCCAUCAACACGGAUCUGCUGUCCAAGGAGAGCCUCGAGGUCGCCGACGACUACGAGCAGGUCCUCGUCGGCUCCUUCGCCAGCCGCGACAGCGUGCGCCUGCCCAUCUUCGACCUGCUGCUGCUCGGCUGCGGGCCCGACGGCCACACCUGCUCGCUGUUCCCCGGCCACGAGCUCCUGCGCGAGACCACCGCCUGGGUCGCCCCCAUCGAGGACAGCCCCAAGCCCCCGCCAAAGCGCAUCACCCUGACCCUGCCCGUCGUCACCCACGCCGUCCGCGUCGCCUUCGUGGCCACCGGCGGCGGCAAGAAGGGCAUCAUGAAGCAGAUCUUCGAGGACGGCGGCGCCUCCGGCCUGCCCUGCGCCCUGGUCAACGAGCAGACCGGCGACCGGUGCAGCUGGUUUGUCGACGAGCCCGCCGUGGAGGGCGUGUCGUAUCCGAAGCGCGGCUUCAACCUCUAG